CACACUGAGCGCUCGAUGACUGGAACACUUGUAUUGUCGACCAACCAGUGUUUUCAGUGCUGAAAUCAUUCGGAAUUCACACACAACACACAGUAACAGCAAAAGUGUAUAUAGAAAAGGCAAAGGGAAAAAAAACAACAACGACGACGGCGACGACGACGAUAUAGUUUUUUUUUUGCAGAGAGAGAGCAAGCAAAUCAUUCAAAGACAAGAAAAAUAUAUACAGAGAGAGUGACUACACAACAGGCCAAACCAAAUCGUGUAACCGUGGUGUGUGGUGCACGCUGAUUAUAUUUCAUAUUUUCUUUCUGUUCUUGUGGGGGAACACGGGCCAAGAAAACCCCAUAGUGUAUAUAUAUGUCAGCUAAACAGCAGCAGAAAAAAUAAAACACACACAAUUCUUACGUACGGGUAUUCCAUUUCGAGUCGCGAGAGAAUAAUAAACACACGGGGAAAAAUCAAUGAAGGAAACGCGAAUAUUGUCUGUAUUGAAAUGUGUUUGUGACGUUUUCGUUCUGAUGUACAAGUGAUGGAAGAGAAUAGUCAUAGUUUUUUUGUUACCCUUUUUUUCGAUUAGUUUGGAUCAAAAAAAAAGAGCACAGAGUUGUUUUUUUUCGCUUUCUUUCACUGCCUGUGUGUAUUGUUGAGGAGAAAGGAAAAAAGUCAAAACUUCUUCUCAAUUUUUUUUUUGUCGGGUUCUAUUGUGUACGAAAUAUACUGACUUUUUUUUUGUUCGUUCUGUCGGUCGUCGACCAAACAGUGUUUUAAGUGAAAAGAAAUAAGAAAAAUAAAUCCAUUUCGAUUGUUUAUUCUAUAUGUAUUUUUUGCUAUUUUUGCUGAUUUUCGACACGGUGUGAACUACAACAGAAUAAAAUUUUGCGAACGUUUUAACCAAACCGAAUUGAAAAUAAUAAAUUAAUACAAAACUAGCGAAUUUUCACCGAAAACAUGGCAACGGAUAAAAUAAAGGUUGCAGUUCGAGUACGGCCAUUCAAUCGGCGAGAACUAGAACUGAACACACAAUGCGUUGUGGACAUGGAUGGCCAACAGACAAUCCUAAGGAAUGCAGCGUCAAUAGAAAAACUCGAACGAAAACAGCCAAAAACAUUUGCAUUCGAUCAUUGCUUUUAUUCAACGGACAAGGAUGCGCCACAUUUUGCAUCGCAGGAGCAUGUAUUCAAUUCGCUUGGCCGUGAUAUUUUGGAGAAUGCAUUCCAAGGAUACAAUGCGUGCAUAUUUGCGUACGGACAGACAGGUUCUGGUAAAUCGUACACGAUGAUGGGUUCACAAGAUAAUAAAGGAAUCAUACCAAGAUUAUGUGAUGAGCUUUUCUACUCAAUUUCAACCAAACAAACACAGGAUUUGUCGUAUAAAGUGGAAGUAUCGUAUAUGGAAAUUUAUAAUGAAAAAGUGCACGAUCUGCUGGAUCCAAAGCCAAAUAAGCAAUCGUUACGGGUGCGUGAACAUAAUUUACUCGGGCCCUAUGUGGAUGGUUUGUCACAAUUAGCGGUCACCGCAUUCGAAGAUAUUGACAAUUUAAUGACCGAGGGUAAUAAAUCGCGUACGGUAGCUGCAACCAAUAUGAAUGCCGAAUCAUCACGAUCGCAUGCCGUUUUCUCGGUGGUGCUAACGCAAACGAUUUGCGAUCGAAGAUCCGGUGUAACGGGUGAAAAAGUCGCGCGAAUGUCAUUGGUCGAUUUGGCUGGCAGCGAACGAGCGGUGAAAACUGGUGCGGUCGGUGAUCGGCUGAAAGAGGGCUCAAACAUCAAUAAAUCGCUUACAACGCUCGGCCUUGUGAUAUCCAAAUUGGCCGAUGCAUCGGGCGGAAAAGGGCGCAACGAUAAAUUCGUACCGUAUCGAGAUUCAGUACUCACGUGGCUACUCAAGGAUAAUUUGGGCGGUAACUCACGAACUGUCAUGGUUGCAACGAUCUCACCAGCCGCCGAUAACUACGAAGAAACACUGUCCACGUUGAGAUAUGCGGAUCGUGCGAAGCGAAUUGUCAAUCAUGCUGUUAUCAACGAGGAUCCAAAUGCUCGCAUCAUUCGCGAACUACGGAUGGAAGUGGAAGCAUUGCGUGAGAUGUUAAAACAUGCAACUGGUUCACCGGUCGGUGACAUUGACAUUCACGAUAAAUUGGCGGAAAGUGAAAAUCUCAUGAAACAAGUGUCACAAACGUGGGAAGAGAAACUGGUAAAAACGGAACGAAUUCAAAAUGAGCGUCAACAAGCGCUGGAGAAAAUGGGCAUAAGCGUUCAGGCGAGUGGCAUUCAAGUGGAAAAGAAUAAAUUCUAUUUGGUGAAUUUGAAUGCAGAUCCAUCGUUGAAUGAGCUAUUGGUGUAUUACUUGAAGGAUCACACAUUGGUCGGUGGCCGAAGUAGUACCAUACCACAGCCUGAUAUUGAACUCAACGGAUUGGGCAUUCAAGAUGAACACUGUACAUUGACCAUUGAAGAUGGUAGCCUAUUCAUGGAGCCAAUAAAUAAUGCACGUUCAUUUGUUAAUGGAUCGGCGGUUACAUCGAAAACACCAUUACGACACGGUGACCGUAUCCUAUGGGGUAAUCAUCAUUUUUUCCGUGUAAAUUGCCCAAAAACCGCAACCAACGGACCGAAUCAUUCAUCCGAACCACAAACACCAGCACAAACAAUUGAUUAUGAAUUUGCACGCGAAGAACUGAUGCAAAAUGAAAUGAGCAACGAUCCAAUUCAGGCAGCCAUCGAAGAGCUGGAACGACAACACGAAGAGGACAAACAAACGGCAUUAGAACAACAGCGUCUCGAAUAUGAGCGUCAAUUUCAAAAAUUGCGUAACAUUUUAUCACCAACCACCCCAUACGCUCCAUAUAUACCAUAUGAUCCGUUGAAAGUGGGCAAAGUGGCCAGUACACCGACGACACAAAUACGCAUGGAAAAAUGGGCACAAGAACGCGAUGAAAUGUUUCGACGUUCGCUCGGUCAACUCAAGGCUGACAUUGUACGCGCCAAUGCACUCGUACAAGAGGCCAACGUACUUGCCGAAGAAAUGGAAAAACAAACCAAAUUUAGUGUUACACUGCAAAUUCCACCGGCUAAUCUUAGCCCCAAUCGAAGACGCGGAGCUUUCGUCAGUGAACCGGCCAUUUUGGUGCGACGCGUGAAUUCGGGCAGCCAAGUGUGGAGCAUGGAAAAAUUAGAAAAUAAAUUAGUUGACAUGAGAGAUAUGUACCAAGAAUACAAAGAACGAUUGAUUAGCGGACGUCCUAUCGUGGAUCCUCGUGUGGAUAAUGACGACGACGAGGACGAUGAAUCGAUAAAAGCGUUGGAUCCAUUUUAUGAAUCGCAAGAGAAGCACAAUUUGAUUGGUGUUGCGAAUAUAUUCCUGGAUGUGUUGUUCCAUGACGUCAAACUGGACUAUCAUACGCCAAUAAUAAGUCAGCAAGGUGAAGUGGCGGGUCGUUUACAGUUGGAAAUCAGUCGAACGGCCGGUCAAUUGCCACAAGAUCGAAUGUGUGAAACGGCAUCGGAUUCAUCGUCUGACUAUCGUGACGAUGACUACAUGAAUGAUUCGACCAACAAUCAAGUAUCGUGUCGCAUAACAAUAAAACAAGCUACCGGUUUGCCGUUGUCACUAUCGAAUUUCGUAUUUUGUCAGUACACAUUUUGGAAUCAUCAAGAAACGGUGGUGCCGGUGGUAAAUUCCGAAGCACCGCGUCACAAUCAAAAUAUGACCUUCAAUUUUGAUCAUACCCAAGAAUAUACGGUUAAUAUAAAUGAAGAAUUUCUGGAGCAUUGUUCCGAGGGUGCACUCUCGAUUGAGGUAUGGGGCCAUCGUUCGGCCGGUUUUUCACGUAAUAAAGGCUGGGAAGUGGAACAGCAACAAGCCAAAGCACGAUCACUGGUUGAUCGAUGGGCUGAAUUGUCGCGUAAAAUUGAAAUCUGGGUGGAAAUCCAUGAGCUCAACGAUAACGGUGAAUAUACACCGGUCGAAGUUACCAAUCGUACGGAUGUGCUAACGGGUGGCAUUUAUCAAUUGCGACAAGGACAACAGCGACGCAUUCAAGUGCGCGUUAAGCCCGUACAAAAUUCCGGCACAUUACCCAUUAUUUGCCAAUCAAUUUUGAAUAUUGCCGUUGGCAGUGUGACCGUACGGUCAAAGCUACAAAAACCAAUGGAUUCGUAUCAAGAGGAAGAUUUGACGGUGCUACGUGAAAAAUGGAGCGAAGCAUUGGGCCGACGUCGUAAGUAUUUGGAUCAACAGAUACAGAAGCUGAUUAAUAAAGAGGACAAAACGGAAGAGGAACGUGAACGUGAAUUAAGUUUGGUGCAUCAAUGGAUUUCGUUGACGGAAGAACGGAAUUCGGUGCUUGUUCCAGCCGCUGGUUGUGGUAUACCCGGUGCACCGGCCAAUUGGUGUCCGCCACACGGAAUGGAACCACAUGUUCCAGUUUUAUUCUUAGAUCUCAAUGCCGAUGAUAUGAGUGCACAAAAUUCGAAUGAGGAGGUGCCGAUUGCCGGAAUCAACUCCAUUUUACCCAAAGAGCACGGCAACAAAUUCUACACAUUGCAAAUUCUACAGCAUUUGGACAAGGAUGUGUGUGCCAUUGUCAGCUGGGAUUCAUCAAUGCACGAUAGCCAAGCACUCAAUCGCGUUACCGAAGCUAAUGAACGGGUAUAUUUAAUUUUGAAAACUACCGUACGCUUAUCACACCCCGCACCAAUGGAUUUGGUCCUUCGCAAGCGAAUUAGUUUGAAUAUUUAUAAGCGACAAAGUAUCACGGAACGGUUGAAAAAAUCCAAAUGGUUGGGCCGAGCCGAUUUAAAUAUUACACAAACUGGCGUCACAUAUGAGGUGGUGUCUAACAUACCAAAAGCAUCCGAAGAACUGGAAGACCGUGAAUCAUUGGCUCAAUUGGCUGCCAGCGGUGAAGAUAACUCCGCAUGCGAUGGAGAAACUUAUAUCGAGAAAUACACGCGCGGAGUGUCAGCGGUGGAGAGUAUAUUAACGUUAGACCGUUUGCGUCAAAGUGUUGCAAUCAAAGAGCUGGAACAAAGCCAAAGUCAAUCAUUGUCAAUGCGAAAGACCGUCAGCGUACCAAAUUUCUCGCAGGCUGUAAAAGACACAACACACAAUAUUGGAAUUAUGCGUUUCGAUGCAUCGAUGGAAUCGCUCAUCAAUACCGGACGCUCCGAAUCGUUUGUUGACCUCAAUGAAAGCGACUUGGCGCUAUCACGAUCCGUUCUCAAUCAAGGACGUGACAUGUUCAUCUCGUUUCAAGGUCACGGUUAUAGCGGUGGCAAAGGCAUGAACGAUGAAUCGGUUAGCGGAUCAUCAAAACAGUAUGGAAUCGCUCGACCAACAUUCUUGAAUCUAAAUUUAAAUUUGAAUUCACUGCGUCUACAACAAACGUCCUCAAAACCAUCGCCGGCGAGCGGUAAACUUGGUUUAAGAAUGACAACGCUGCACGAAGAGCCAUCGUCACGGCACACAUUAACCGAAGAGGUUGAAGAGAACUACAGCGACUCGGAAUUGAAUCAGUUUGAUGAGAGUGCCGUUCGAAAGCCACCAUUGAAAUCCCGUUUUCCCACAUCAAAAACGAUGGGCUCAUUACGAGACAUCGGCAGCAGUUACCAAUCGAUGUGCAGUUCAACGAGCAUCACAAAUAAUGUGACAAAAAACGUGCGAAAAAACGCGACAAACGCCUCGAAUAAACAAGCAUCUGGCACGCCCAGCAUGACCUCAUCCACGUCCAGUGGAUAUGGAUCACAGGCUGUCAGUAACAGCAAUCUCACAAACGAUGAUGCUUUGUCGCUUCGCUCGAUGAGUGUUGAUGAAACUCCAGAUUUCGAUCGCACCGGUUCAUCGCCGCCCAAACAAAAUUCCCAACUGACAACAACGCCAUACACACCGGGCAGUGGUCAAAAGCGCUUCAACCCAUUCAUGAAAGACACACCAACGCCCGUUUCGGCCAAUGAAUCACCGUCGGAAAAUGCAAUCGACAAAACGAUACACAAAUGCACAAUCACUCAACAGCAGCAAAACGACGAAAAUAAAAAUAUAAUCAUUCUCGAUGACGAUAACAAUCAAAACAUUCUCAGCACACCAAACAGUGAUAAUCAUAAUCAGACAUUGACAACCACAAUCACACCAAAGUACAUUGAUGAUGAUGCAAAAACGGCAGCCACCAACAACGAUUCCGAUUCCAACGAAAUGACCACAUCACAAACCGAAGCCCCAUUGCCCGACUGGAUCGCACUCAAUGAAUCCGUUCUCAUUCGGCCAUACAAUCACAGUGGUGUCAUUAGCUUCAUUGGACCAACGCAUUUUUCGAGCGGCACCUGGAUUGGCGUUGAACUCGACACACCCAUGGGCAAAAACGAUGGUACUGUUCAAAAUAUUCAAUACUUUUCCUGCAAACCCAAGCACGGCAUCUUCAUUCGAGGCGAUAAACUGAUUCAAGACAAACGUGGCAAAGCCAUGCGAGCCUAUAAAGCGGAAAAACUCGCCAAAGAGCGUGAAAAUUCGUUGACACGUUCAAAGAGCCGAGGUGAUUCGUUGAACACAGUUGGGACGCCGCGCAAGUGAUUGUAUCGGAAAUGUUCCCAUGACAUUGAUACCGGUCUAACGCAUCCAUCAACCGCUGAUCGUCCGCCGUCCGGUCGAAAAAUCAGUCGUCGUCCAAUGAUCAAAUCGAAAUCAAUGCAAAGUGGGAACAUUUCGUCUCCAAAGCUGACGAAUCGCAAAUGGAAAUACUAGAAAUUAAAAGAGAAAAACCACACACACACAAAAACACAUACAUACAAAUGAACACAAACUAAUUCAUCUGCACCAAUGAAACUGAAGUGGUGAAAGAGAAAGAGAAAAAAACCUAAAUGUUGUAAAGUGUUAAAAUGCAAGUAAGAGAUAUGUAAUUGGGCGUAUGAUGAGCACAAAAGUGAACAACAACAAAACGUAAAUUCAACACAAACAAAUUAUAUGCAAUACUAACUAUUAGAGAAGCAUGAGUAAGGGAAUUAAGUAUCGCUACAUGCGUGUGGUGUAGUGCAAAAAGGGAGAAAAAUGCUGAAAAUUGAGAAGGAAAAAAUAAUAAUGAAAAAAUGGCAAAAAAGCAAGAAAAAAGUAGAAACCUAAAAGUAAUAAAUUAAAGCAUAUCGUUCUAUUGAUUUUGGUGCCGA